AUGUCUUUGAUCAAGGUGACCAAAAUCCUGCCCGGCGAGGGGGUGUCCUCGAAACAGAUCCCGCUCAGUAGCACGUCGGCGGACUACUGGGAUAACCGAGUUACCCGGAGCCUGGUCCAUCUGUGCAUGCGCCGGCUGGAGGAGCAUCCAUACACCGUCGCCACCGCAAUCCAAACCGCCGAGAUCUGGACAGCCAUUCUGUCCGACGCCUUUCAUACCCCCAGCCUGCGCCCCUCGCGCCUCGACAUGGACGUCCGCCGGGUCGAGCUGGUAGACCAGCCGGCAGCGCUGGUGGUCAACGUCACGCUUUAUCCGGUCCCGCGGAGCCACGAACCGAUGGAGAUCCACUCCUUCAUCCAAGUCUGGUGUCUCGACGAGACGGCGGAUGACGAUCGGAUUGCACUGACCUCGAGGCGCCACGCGCACGAGCUGGUGGAGUCGUGCAUUCCGCCGGACAUUCGCCGCAAAAUCCCCGCGAUCGUCGUCGCCAAGGGCCACAAAAUGGCCAUCUAUCGGUGGGAGACGGGCAUGGUCAACCAGCACCUUCGGGACCCCUCUUCCUUCUGGAAUAUGGACGACUUCGGGUUCUAUUGUCUGGGACACGACCACAAUGCGGUCGAGCUAUUGUUGAGGAAUCUGCGGAGGGAGGUCUUCGAUGCGCCCUCCUUCCUCGAGCCGAUGCCGCCGAGGCAUGCCUGCUGUCUUACCAGGCGGGGGUCUACCUCUCAGUGA